GCCCUUCGGUGUGAAAACAAAAAGGUUUGUAACGCUGAAUUGGCUUCCCAAUAAAUAAGAGAAAAUGGGAAAUACCUUUUAUUUCAUACUAAUCUCUCGAUACAUAAUUGAAUCUUUUGAAAAAAAAAACAAUACAAAAAUUUUCCAUAUCGAAUUCGAAGUGCCAUGCUAUUAUUACUUAAUAUUCAUAUGGCGAAGGCAUAGUUUUCUUUUUUCUCUCAAAUCAAAAACCUCAUUGGCGCCAAGCGUGAGGGAAUGCGAAACGUUUGGUAAUUGCUCCCCCAACCAGGAGCAAAGAUCCCAUUGACGCGGCUAGUCCCAUGCAUAUUGUAUGGACCUCUGGGCGCACAAACUGCAUAGUAUCAUAAAUAGCUAAUCCAUCUAUUACCCACCCGCCAGGGGAGUUUAUAAACAAAUAGAAAUCUUUGGCAGCAUUCUCAAGACUGAAAUAUACCAUAAGACCAAUAAGUUGAUUCGAGAUCUCGCUAUCAACUUCUUGGCCUAAAAAAAGGAAUCUUUCUUGAUAAAGUCGGUUGAGUGGGGUAAAAUUGCAUCCCCUAGGAACCGUACAUGCACCUUUUGAUGCAUACGGUUCAAAAAAAAAGAAUCAAUGUAUAAAUUCUAGUCCUCUUUCCUUUUUCCUAUUCUUUUUAAUAGCAGGUUUUUUCGAACUUCUACCGAAAGGGCUUUUUUUCAAUAACGACGAGUUUUGACUUAGUUUCUUUCUUAGAAUAGAAAAAAGUUAAUAAACUUAUUGAAUUAACUUCUCAUUGAUGUAUUGUUUCAUCGAGAUUCAAUCCAAAUCACGAUGGUGUUUUCAUGUUCCUGAAUGGGCCUAUUUCAUUUUUUUAGGUUUAUGCUCUACUCCGGGUAAAGAUCCGGCCGAUUUCGAUUUGCACAUAUAGGACAAAUCUUCUCAUCACCAUUUCUUUUUGUUAUGACUUUAGAAAUAACAAACAGGAAUCAUUUAUGAUACACUAAUUAUAGAUAUGCUCCUAAUUGGGUUUUUUCUAAACGGAGCCUGGAUACUUCAUUUUUUAGUCCAACAAGAGCCAACCAUAAAUCAUUCUAAUUGAUAAUAAAACUAUGAAUUCCUCCAAACAAUGCAUCGAAUUGCACUUCACACUCCAAUUUUUGGAUGAUUCAAUUUCUCUUUUUUGGCGAAAUAGAGGCGGGGACGAGAACGGGGAAAUACCAUAUGACCCAAUCUAUUUGACAAGUCCCACUAUACGUCAACCCAAGAUGCAUCGUCAUCUCCAGGAAUUCGGAAGGGUACUUUUGGAACACCAAUAGGCAUGAAUUGAAAGAAAAAAGAACUAAAUUUCACUUUGAUGCGGAAACGUAAUAAUAUGGUUUUAUUGUCUCUAUUUUCGAAUAUUGGCUUUAUCAUAUUUUUUUAUCCAAAGAUUCAAAAAUUCAGAAAGAAAGACAAAAUCAAUAAAGGAAAAUUUUUACAAAUAGGUUUUCCUAAUGAGAAAUUAAGGAUAGACAUAUUUACUCAUAGAAACUGGCAUCAAUCUCCCAUUGCGUAUUGGUACUUAUCGAGUAUAGAAUAAAUCUGCUUAUCGUUGUUUCUACGAACAGAAUUCUUCCAUUAUUAGGAACAGAAGUUAAUAAAUAUUAACUUAACCCUUGUUAGUAAAUAAUCCACUGAAGAAGUGCAGUCUAUAGGAUAAUCAUAGUAUUACAGUCUUUGCAAUGCAAUAAAGUUACGUAGUGUCUAUUUUUCUUUGAUAAGGGGGUAUUUUCCAUGGGUUUGCCUUGGUAUCGUGUUCAUACCGUUGUAUUGAAUGAUCCCGGCCGGUUGCUUUCCGUUCAUAUAAUGCAUACAGCUCUGGUUGCUGGUUGGGCGGGUUCGAUGGCUCUGUAUGAAUUAGCCGUUUUUGAUCCUUCUGACCCUGUUCUUGAUCCAAUGUGGAGACAGGGUAUGUUCGUUAUACCCUUCAUGACUCGUUUAGGAAUAACCAAUUCGUGGGGAGGUUGGAGUAUCACAGGAGGGACUGUAACAAAUCCGGGGAUUUGGAGUUACGAGGGUGUAGCUGGGGCACAUAUUGUGUUUUCUGGCUUAUGCUUUUUGGCAGCUAUCUGGCAUUGGGUCUAUUGGGAUCUAGAAAUUUUUUGCGAUGAACGUACAGGAAAACCUUCUUUGGAUUUACCUAAGAUCUUUGGAAUUCAUUUAUUUCUCUCCGGGGUGGCUUGUUUUGGUUUUGGUGCAUUUCAUGUAACAGGCCUGUACGGUCCUGGAAUCUGGGUGUCCGAUCCUUAUGGAUUAACGGGAAAAGUACAACCUGUAAAUCCGUUGUGGGGCGUGGAAGGUUUUGAUCCUUUUGUUCCGGGAGGAAUAGCUUCUCAUCAUAUUGCAGCAGGUACAUUGGGCAUAUUAGCGGGUCUAUUCCAUCUUAGCGUUCGACCGCCACAACGUCUAUACAAAGGAUUGCGCAUGGGAAAUAUCGAAACCGUACUCUCCAGUAGUAUCGCGGCUGUCUUUUUUGCAGCUUUUGUUGUUGCUGGAACUAUGUGGUAUGGUUCAGCAACUACCCCCAUUGAAUUAUUUGGUCCUACUCGUUAUCAAUGGGAUCAGGGUUACUUCCAGCAAGAGAUCUAUCGAAGAGUUAGCGUCGGGCUAGCAGAAAAUCAAAGUUUAUCAGAAGCCUGGUCGAAAAUUCCUGAAAAAUUAGCUUUUUACGAUUAUAUUGGCAAUAAUCCGGCAAAAGGAGGAUUAUUCAGGGCGGGUUCGAUGGAUAACGGGGAUGGAAUAGCGGUUGGAUGGUUAGGGCACCCUAUUUUUAGGGAUAAAGAAGGGCGUGAGCUUUUUGUACGUCGUAUGCCUACUUUUUUCGAAACAUUUCCAGUCGUUUUAGUAGAUGGCGACGGAAUUGUUAGAGCCGAUGUCCCCUUUCGAAGAGCAGAAUCGAAGUAUAGUGUUGAACAGGUGGGUGUAACCGUUGAGUUCUAUGGUGGCGAACUCAAUGGAGUCACUUAUAGUGAUCCUGCUACCGUCAAGAAAUAUGCUAGACGUGCUCAAUUGGGUGAAAUUUUUGAAUUAGAUCGGGCGACUUUGAAAUCCGAUGGUGUUUUUCGUAGCAGUCCAAGGGGUUGGUUUACUUUUGGACAUGCUUCGUUUGCUUUGCUUUUUUUCUUCGGACACAUUUGGCAUGGUGCUAGAACUUUGUUCAGAGAUGUUUUUGCUGGUAUUGACCCAGAUUUGGAUGCUCAAGUAGAGUUUGGAGCAUUUCAAAAAAUUGGGGAUCCAACUACAAGAAGACAGGCAGUUUGAUACAAGACCGCUUUGGUAUCUUUCGCCUCUAUUUUUUUGGUUUUGCAAGGAAUUUUCGAUAGAGUAUCGGAGUGAAUUUGAAUCGCUGCUUUUGAACUCUUGCUCUUUCGAGAUGAUUACCAAAAAGAAUAAAAAAAAAAAGAAAAAACAAA